ACGUAGUUUGAAUUCUGGUGCACGCGCUUGCCCGAGCGGUGCUGCAAAGCACUGCGGAUCUGGAAGGUGAAAAGCGCGCGCCUUCGUUUAGCCAGAUCAAAAAGGUCAACAUGCUAGACACUAAAGACAGUACCCCUGAAACGAACAGAACACUAUGCUUCUCGACUUGCGUCGAGAUGUUGGCAUUAGGCACGAAAUGAUUUUAUUACGUGUAGAGAUGACGAACAUGGACCGGGCGUCACAGGCAAGAUGACGGAGACUGAGAGAACUGUGAACAUAGACGUUCGUUCUUGUGAAAUCGACGAGAGUUACAGCCCAAACGAGAAGUGCAUUUGCUAGUACGACUUGUCUUGGUGCAGUGGUUGAAUCAGCCGUGUUGAAGCUUGAAACACACUUGAGUGUUUCUCCACUAUUCUGCCGCAUCUGCCAGCAUCGCCAAGAGGACGGCAAAGGCGCUGGGACCUAACUGGAUCAGUCGUAUCUCCAUGUACAGCAAUUCGAAUUCUGGCAAAACCAAAUAUUUGACUUAGGUCACUCCUUGCCCGGGGCAGGGUGAGGCCCAAGUAAAGCCAUGCCUCGGUUGGGAAGGUAUAUGUGCUGCAUGAGCCUCACUGAGGAGGAGCUGGCUGCCAGAGAGCGCAGCAGGCAGCUCGACAGAGAUACCGCCCAGUGGAAGCUAGCGGAGGACAAAGUCAUGAAGCUGCUACUGCUGGGCGCAGGAGAGUCGGGAAAGAGCACCAUUGUCAAGCAGAUGAGAAUCAUCCAUACGGCGGGCUUCACGGAAGAGGAACGAAGGUCUUGGAUACCCGCCAUGCAUAAAAAUAUCAUAGAAGGUCUGGCUACGCUGGUGACGAAUAUGGUGGAGCUGAACAUUGAUUUCGAGCACGAAUCCAAUCUGGAUAUCGCAUCUGAUGUCGUGGAACUGGCAAAGAAUGACGUCAAGCGGCUCACCAGGGAGGAUAUGGACGCCCUGGAGCUACUGUGGCAGGACGAGGGUGUACAAUGCUGCUAUGGGCGGCGACGGCAGAUGAACCUGAGUGAUGGCAUUGCGUACCUGUUGCACAACAUCAGCAUCUACAAACAGCCCGACUACAUUCCGAAAGACGACGACAUUCUGCACAUCCGCGUGGAGACCAAGGGAAUAAUCCAGGUGGAGUUCACGCACCGUAACACGCAGUUCUCCCUCUACGAUGUCGGCGGUCAGAGAAAGGAGCGGCGGAAAUGGGUACAUUGCAUGGACAACUGCAAUGCGGUGCUCUUCUGCGCUUCGCUGUCUGAGUACGACGCCUUUCUCGCCGAAGACCAGACGGUGAACCGCAUGAAAGACAGCCUGUCCAUCUUCAAAUACAUAUCUAACAGCGAGCAUCUUGCCAACGUCUCUCUGCUGCUCUUCCUGAACAAAACGGAUCUCUUGGAGGAUAAGGUCAGCAAGUCACCAAUAAGCCGAUACUUCCCCAAGUACCAGGGCCCAAACUCGUUCGAUUCGGUCGCGUCCUUCAUCGAGAAACUAUACAUGGAUUCGAGCACCAAGCGAGAGGCAGGGAAGAUCUUCGUGCACCGAACGUGUGCCACAAACACCAACGUCGUGCGCAAGGUGUUCGAGUUCUCCGCCCGCACAAUAAUAAUGGAGAACCUGGAAAAAUGCGGUCUGAUGUGAUGCGGGACGUCACCUAACGGAAGUUGAAACACAUAAGGGCUUGUAUCAACCCAGAUGUGUAUUCUUCGUGUUUAUAUUAUAAUUAUUAUAUAUUUCAUUUUUGGAGCAUUCCUUACUAAAACCC